CUCACUUCAUUUUUUCUAGGGGAAAGGUGUGUGUGUUGAGUGCUACCUUGCUUCUCUUUGGCAUGCACAUAAGGUGCUCGAUGAAAUGUCUGAGAGAAUGAUGCCGCUUGAUUUUACACAAAACAAAAAUGAUAUGAGGUGCCGGAGCGACACUUAAGCUUUCUCCUCUUCUCCUCGAUCAAGAUGAACCGGCGGCAAUGGAUGUACGUUGACCGACGUCUACCCGAGUUCACUUCGGGCCUGAAAGAAUUUAUCCGUGUGGCUCAGGAAAACCCACAGGCGGAUGGUUUUAUGUGUUGUCCAUGUGUUGAUUGCCGGAACUUGAAGCAAUACCCUGAAUGACAAGUCAUUCACUCCCACCUGCUUUGGAAAGGUUUCAUGCCCAGCUAUAAUUGUUGGACCAAGCAUGGAGAAAGAGGGGUUAUGAUGGAAGACGACGACGAAGAAGAAGAGGAUGAUGAUAUGUACCCUAACUACGGUGAUACUGCAACAGGGCAUGAUGAAGAUGAAGAUGCAGGAGGAGGUGAAGAUGAAGAGGCAUCAGAUGAGCCCGUUGAUGAUGAUCUUCGUCGGGCCAUCGCUGAUGCACACAGAGAUGCAGAAACAGAAAACGAGAAGCGAAAGUUAAAGGGCAUGUUAGAUGAUCACAAAAAGAAGUUAUACCCAAAUUGCGAAGAUGGCAACACAAAGCUCGGUGCCACCCUGGAGUUGCUGCAAUGGAAGGCAGAGGCUGGUAUAUGUGACAAGCCAUUUGAGAAGUUACUGAAAAUAAUGAAGAGGAGGUUUCCAAAGGAUAACGAAUUGCCUGACAGUACGUACGAAGCAAAGAAGGUUCUCUGCCCUCUAGGAUUAGAGGUGCUGAAGAUACAUGCAUGCAUUAAUGACUGCAUCCUCUACCGCGCUGAGUACGAAAAUUUGGAAAAAUGCCCGGUAUGCACUGCACUUCGGUAUAAGAUCAGGCGAGAUGACCCUGGUGAUGUUGAGGGCGAGCCCCCUAGGAAGAGGGUUCCUGCCAAGGUUAUGUGGUAUGCUCCUAUAAUACCACGGUUGAAACGUCUGUUCAGAAAUAAAGAGCAUGCCAGGUUGUUGCGAUGGCACAAAGAAGACCGUAAGAAAGACGAGAUGCUGAGACAUCCCCCGGCGCGGCUCAGGACCCGGUCGGCGCCGUUGAGAGGUUCUAGUGUGAUGUAUUAG